GAAAAAACCUCACCUAUAUAAAUCCCUAAACCACUCGCACAUGCACGCAAACAACAAAAAUCCCAAUUUUCUAUCUUUCCAUUUUCAAUGUCAGCGUUGGAUUAUUAUCUAUCUCCUUCAACAAUUUAUCUUCAUUCUCACACCAUCAAAUCCAAUUUCCACCACUGGCGAAACGCACGUCGUUUUGUCCCCAAUUCAUCACCCGUUAGGGUUCUUAGAGACGACAAUUUGUUGAAAGAUUUCGGAAGAUUCCAUUUAUGGAGAGGCUUAAAGCACAAUAACACUGAUGGAUUCAGAAGAGCUGCAACCGGUGGUCAGGAGACCGAUUCCGGCGAGAGUAGUGGAGAGAGUAAAGAGGUUGAAGUUGAACCGGGUUCAGGUGGAUCCGGUUCGAAUCGGAGGAAGGAGAAGCAAGGGAAAGGUGGUUGGUGGUUGUGGUUAGGUUCUUCUAAAACUGGGAAAUGGAAAUGGCAACCUAUGUUGAAAGCUCGACAAGUUGGGGUUUUGCUGCUUCAAUUAGGGACUGUGGUUUUUGUUAUGAUGUUGAUUAGGCCGCGAAUUCCCUUACCUGGGUCCGAACCGAGAUCUUCCACGGUGGUUUUGAGUGUUCCUUAUAGUGAGUUUUUGAGUAAGAUUAAUAGUGAUCAGGUUUUGAAAGUGGAGGUUGAUGGGAUUCGUAUAAUGUUUAAGUUGAAGUCUGAUUUGGAAGGUGGUGAAGUUUCUAGUAGUAAUAGUAGUAGUAGGUUGAAUCUUGAAUCAGAGUCUUUGGUUAUGAGUGUUGCCCCGACGAAGAGGAUUGUUUAUACUACAACUAGGCCUAGUGAUAUUAGAACUCCUUAUGAAAAGAUGCUGGAGAAUGAAGUCGAGUUUGGAUCGCCUGAUAGACGUUCCGGUGGAUUCUUCAACUCUGAUUGGAUAGCCAUGGUUUUUGUUGCUUUACUGGCGGGGCUUCUCCUUCGUUCUCAGAAUACUCGCAAAUCAGGAACUUCCACUGGUACAAAAUCAUCUGGAAAAGGUGAAACAAUAACUUUUGCUGAUGUUGCUGGUGUUGACGAGGCCAAGGAGGAGCUAGAAGAGAUUGUGGAAUUUCUUCGAAAUCCGGAUAGAUAUGUACGACUUGGAGCUCGUCCUCCUCGAGGUGUUCUCUUGGUAGGUCUUCCAGGAACAGGUAAGACUUUACUAGCAAAGGCUGUUGCUGGAGAAGCUGAUGUGCCAUUUAUAAGUUGUUCCGCUAGUGAGUUUGUUGAGUUGUAUGUUGGUAUGGGUGCUUCCCGGGUGAGAGAUCUCUUUGCAAGGGCAAAGAAAGAAGCACCGUCCAUUAUAUUUAUUGACGAGAUAGAUGCUGUGGCUAAAACCCGGGAUGGUAAAUUUCACAUUGUAAGCAAUGAUGAACGAGAACAGACCUUGAACCAGUUGCUCACUGAGAUGGAUGGGUUUGACAGCAAUUCAGCAGUGAUUGUUCUUGGAGCAACUAAUCGUGCUGAUGUCUUAGAUCCCGCACUUCGCCGACCAGGAAGAUUUGAUCGAGUAGUUACGGUGGAAACACCUGAUAGGAUUGGAAGAGAAUCCAUCCUGAAAGUUCAUGUUUCUAAGAAAGAACUUCCUUUGGCCAAGGAUGUUUACAUUGGCGACAUUGCUUCUAUGACUACUGGGUUCACAGGGGCUGAUCUUGCAAACCUAGUAAAUGAGGCUGCUUUAUUGGCGGGGAGAAAGAACAAAGUUGUUGUGGAGAAAAUUGAUUUUAUUGAAGCUGUGGAAAGGUCAAUAGCUGGCAUAGAAAAGAAGACUGCCAAGUUGCAAGGAUGUGAGAAGGGUGUAGUUGCACGACAUGAAGCUGGUCAUGCCGUAGUAGGCACUUCAGUUGCAAAUCUUCUUCCUGGACAGCCGCGUGUUCAGAAACUAAGCAUAUUGCCUAGGUCGGGAGGGGCGUUGGGCUUUACUUAUAUUCCUCCAACAAAUGAGGACAGAUACUUACUUUUCAUUGAUGAAUUGCGUGGUCGUCUGGUGACCCUUCUUGGAGGACGUGCAGCAGAAGAAAUCGUUUAUUCUGGUCGAGUUUCAACUGGUGCACUUGAUGACAUACGGCGAGCAACUGACAUGGCAUACAAAGCUAUUGCUGAAUAUGGUCUUAGUCCGACAAUAGGCCCCGUGUCAAUUUCCACUCUUUCUAAUGGUGGAAUGGAUGAGUCUGGGGGAUCAGUUCCUUGGGGAAGGGAUCAGGGACAACUUGUUGAUCUUGUUCAAAAAGAGGUGAAAGCAUUGCUUCAAUCUGCGCUGGAAGUAGCACUUUCUAUUGUACGAAUUAAUCGUACUGUUGUAGAGGGUCUUGGUGCUCAAUUAGAAGAAAAAGAGAAAGUAGAGGGUGAAGAGUUACAGAAGUGGUUAAGAUUGGUGGUUGCGCCAACAGAACUUGCAAUUUUUAUGGAAGGAAAGCAACAGACCCUUCUCCCAUUGCAGACUGAUUCCUGAAACUGUUAAAAGAGUUGUCUAUUUAUGUGUUUCCGGUGUGAAGUGGAACUUGAGGUAUGAUUUUUGACACGGUUCAACUAAAGUUAGUGAAAUUAUAUCUCAAAUAGCAUGCCUUGCAACAACAUUGUAUAUUCCUGUAAGGUGAACUUUGGCAUCGUUUUUAGUUUGUGCCAACCUGUUAGUUGUAUUUACUCACCAUUCACUCAACCGACCACAAGGAAAACAGAGAAUAUGAUUAUGAGUAAUGGUAAUUUAAUUUGUAUAUUGACUAUUAUUUCAGUCAUGUCACAAAAUGUAAUUAAUAUAUAGUUGUAUACAUUAAUGAUUAGGUUAAAUAUGUGGUCCUGCAUCAUGUUACACCAAAGUAUUUGAUUGAAAUUGCAAGUAACAUUGUUAGUUAA